UGACAGUUCUAAAUGCAAUGGUUGUUCCUUUAUUUUACCAUGAAGAAGAGGUAUUUGUGCAUUUUGCAUAUAACAGCAAACUUUAUAUUUCAUUUAUAGGUAAAAGAAAUGAAACAACAGGUGCUGUGAUUACUUGGAAUAGCAAAUCAUCUGAUAAAGGCCCUGAUGGCCAAACAUUGGGAACCUAUGGUUCAGCAACUGUUGGAUUGAUUCUGAUUUUUUCUGUGCCUCCCAGAAUUCAGUGGUUGCAAUGCCUGGUGGAAAUGGAAUGCAAGCAGUGGCACUGAGGGUAAACAGUAAUAGAGCCAUGUUCUAUAAAGUUAAGAUCAAAGGAACACAGGACACUCUCUUAGACAACACAGGAACAGUCAUGUUUGGCAGUGCUAAAUCACUCUAUGAGGUAUCAAUAGCAUUAUUUACUCUUUUCAUUUCCUAGUUUAUUAGUUCACUAUUGACAGAGUUGUUAGAUAUAUUAACAUACUUAGGAAUCCCUCAAUUCUUAAAUAGUUGUUAGAUAUAUUAGGAUUAAAAUGUGGUGAAGACUUUGCUCUUGUAUGGUUGAUCGUCAUUUUCAUGUUUCAUUUCGAACCGGAAAUUCAAAGAUGAUGACUGAACCAUAUUAAUUUGGAUUUUACUCGUGAGGUUAAUGUUCGCAUCUAAUUUGUUUGAUCUGUAUACACAACUAAUACAACUAUCAAAAUCAUGUUAAAGAAAUCACUUGAUUUGCCUUUCAAUAAUACAAGUCCCCUACCUCUU